AUGGAGUGGUUUGCUAACGGUGUUGAGACAUUCAUUUGUUUUUGUAACCCUGCAACUAAAGAGUACAGGAGAUUACUAAGACGACGACAUAAUUUUUGGAAUGACUAUAAUAUCAAUAUCAUCAAUGCUUUUGGUUAUGAUUGCAAGGCUGAUGAUUACAAGUUAAUAAACAUGCUAAAACGUCCUGGGACUGAUCAGUUACUCGACAUCAUUGUGUAUAAGUUGGGAUCAAAUUCAUGGGAAUGUAGCCAAACCGUGACAUAUAAAUUUCCUGAUAAGCGACAAACUGGGAUUCUUGUUAAUGGAGCUUUUCACUGGUUUGGUGAAGCGCGUGAGAAAAACCCAUCAAAGUUAAUUAUUUCUAUGAAUAUCAGCAACGAAAAAUUCGACGAAGUGCAAUUUCCAAAAGAACUCUUCGACAGAAAGCAUUUCCCGAUGACCAUUGGAGUUUUGGAAGGGUGCCUCUGUUUAGUUGUUACGGUUUCUAUGAGUUGCUCUGAGGUUUGGACGAUGCAAGAUUAUGGAGUGCAAGAACUCAAGUUUAUACCAUUGACCAUGGAAGUAUUUCGAGUAUCCCCGAUACCGACUACACUUUGA